AUGCCUCAAGUCAAACCACGCAGUGUCACAAUUAGGGGCGCCCAUGGUCCCCUUUCCGCCAACUACCCGGCCGAAGUUGAGUGCGAGGCAGUGGGGUCGAGACCGGCGGCCAACCUGACAUGGGACCUCGACGGUGUGCCCCUGACAUCGAGCGCCGUGCAGGAGGGUGGUCGACCCGAGGCGGCAGCCAACGACGUCAGCGUCAGUGUAGUGAGGUUCACGCCUUCGCCCAGCCAUAACGGCAGACCGCUACGCUGUCGCGCAGCUAACCCCGAGAUGCCGGAUGACGCUAUUGAGGACUCGUGGACACUGGACGUACACUACAAACCAAAGGUGCAGUUGACAUUGGGCAGCCAUCCAAGGCAGUGGAAUAUCGUCGAAGGGCACGACCUGUACUUGGAGUGCCGGGUUGACGCCAACCCCAGAAUCGGAGACGUCGUGUGGCGCCUCAACGGCAAGGAUCUGUCUCCCGGCCGGGGCGUCAUCAUGAGCAACCAGUCCCUGGUACUGCAGCACGUUCAUCGUGACAGCUCAGGCUCCUACACUUGCAUGGCUUCCAACAGGAUCGCUGAAACUGAAAGCAAGCCGCUCAAGAUCACCGUCAAACACACUCCUGCCUGUAACCAGUCGCAGACGACGGUCUAUGCGGCUUCACGGCACGAAGAAGUUCACAUAAUCUGCGAUGUGUCGGCUGAGCCUAACGAUGUGAACUUCCGGUGGACGUUCAACAACUCGGCUACCAAACACGAGCUGUCGUCAUUUACGAGUUCAGGUGGACGGAGCGUGCUGUACUACACUGCGCGGAAGGAUACUGAUUACGGGACUUUCCAGUGUCUCGCCAACAACUCCAUCGGAGCUAUGAAGACACCCUGCUAUUUUCAGAUAGUCCGUGCAGGUCCCCUGAGCAGUAUGUACAACUGCAUCGUGAGUAACGUGACGGAUGCUGGCAUGCAAGUGGAUUGCCAAAGGCGCGGUUCCACGGCUGCUGGCGCCAACGGCGGUUCUCUUCCUCCCGACCUGGUGGCUGCAGAGGCGUCCACUUUCCGGCAGCUCAACUCCUUUCAGCUGGAAAUUCGGGACGCCCUCCUAGACCGGAUCGUGUUUAACGCCACCUCCGAGGCGCCCUCCUUCGCUGUGUCCAGCUUAUCACCCGGAACAGAGUACGUGGUCGCCUUCUACCUCGUCAACCAAAACGGCAAGUUUAAGCUGGUCCAGCUCAAGACAUCUACGCUCCUUGCUUCGGAAGAGAGACUGAGAUCGGGUGUCGAGCAACAGAAGCCUUGCUGUUCGCCUCUGGGAUUACUUGUAACAACAGGCGUCGUUCUUGCUUUCCUCUUGGUCGUCAUCGCUCUUCUUAUAAAGUACAGAACAAGAUUAAAGCUUGACAAAGGUUCGCGUAAACCAGAAUCGAGAGCUGCAACCAGUGCCGACGAAGGAAGUGAAAUGAGCGAAAUGAACCCAGAGUGUAAAUACGUCCUUUCCACUGAUAGCGGCAAGCAACUUUCGAGCUCAAAGGAAAGGCCACUAACAUACGUGUGAUCCUCCUGCCUGCGUUUGUCAGCAGAUGCUUCCAUGUGCAGAAUGCGGCACUGCUGUGUGGAUGCCAUCAUGCGCCACUGUCUACUACCAUUGUGCGGAAGCCCUUCGGGACAAGAACUUUCAUCUGUGCACACCCACCGGGCAUGGAUCCCUUGAAGCAAAGACACGCCUUACGUACGGGCAUUGGACAUUUCUUUUACUCAGUGACGUUUAAAGAUAUCAGGAUGUUAACCCAAAUUUAGUGUAAGGUGGAUUCUCCAUUUGGAGACCACUCUUUCAGUGGCUUCAAAAGCAGGCGCAAAUUUCCAACAUCAGUGAUUUUUCCAAGAAGUAAUGAAUCUGGAACAAUUUUAAGCCAUCGUUCUAUCAUCAGGUGAAGUAAGGAGUCCCAUGCGUGAAAACAGGCUGAAAGCCGAAUGUCUUUCAUAACUACGUCGAAGCUUAGGUUCUGUGUGAUGCCGUGUAGUGUUGUUCCGUAAAACGCUGUGCAAAUUGUAUUACCCUCAUCUAAUGCCCCAUCUGGUAGCCACGUUUCCCUGAGAAUUUGUGUCAAAUCACACAAGAAGUGUCACUCCAUCUUGAGCAUGUCACAUGUCAUUCUCAUUUUUAAUGCGUUUAGCGUUCUUUGGGAACUAACGGCGAUUUCUUGUGACUGUCUAACCCAUUUUCGCGCGCCGAUUCCUAAAAUAGUGCAGUCUAGCGCAGCGGUAGAAACCACGAAGUGGUAAGGUACCACCGUGCGAUGCUACCGGUGGCAGUGACGUGACUGCUGGUACUGUGUGGUACCACGCAGUAGCAUGGCGCGGUAUUCUUUCCUUCUCUCGCAUUCUUCCAUCGCGACAGCUAGCGUUUUGAGACGCUGUUGUUUUAAGACAUUGCACCUCUGGUCGAAGACACAGACACCGUCAUUUUAAUAUUGUGCACCUAUGCGACCAGAGGUGGUCGCACACACUGCACGGGGUUCCAAACUUGUCCUUGAGGAAGUGGCUUUUGAAUUCCUGUUUGGCUUUCAUGUACAGGUAAAGCACGGUGGUAAGCGGAGGCCACCCAUAACACACAGUGCAACAGAUUGCUACAGAUGACCACCUCCCAAAGCAUGCUAAACGCAUUCUUGGAUAGGAACCAGGGUUGGUUCUUCAGAAUGUUUUUAUUUCCUAUUUUGUAUGCUUCAUUAACAUUGCUGGCAAAGUUAAAUUCGUGUUUUGGGCUAUGCGCCUUGUAAACGUGCGUAACGUAUAAUUUGGUAAUUCCAUACCCGAGCGUAGAACAUAUUUACCAGGGUCCUAAUGUAACAGUGGCCAAAUGGACUCUAACACGCUUGAAUGAACUGACGAACAUUUUUGAUAGUGUCAUUUACGCAAGACCUAUUUCUACAGAUGACAGACUUCUUACGUAAAGUUCUGACAAAAUUAAUAAGACCUAUCCGUAAGAUCAUGAAAAUGUUUACAUGAAUGAAAAUUCGUCUAGUGUUUACAAUAGAUGUAAGGCGCGGCUUGUCUUAUUCACUUUUUAUGAAGACGUUUAGUUUGUCCAAUGAUGCUUUGAAACGAGGAGGGCAAUAAUUACCCCGUUGGUGUGCGCUCCACCAUAAUUUCCAAAUACAGGCGGCUUAUAUAUGGUGCCUUGAACAACAAUUCACCACAUGACGACCUGUGAAGGUUUAAUGCCAAGUGGAUUUUUAUUUUACUCAAUCUAAGUUUGACAUUCGCGAUUUUGGGCUGCUGUAUCAGUUGCAAGGCAGCAUAGGUCGAAAAGUUGAUAAAUUAGUGGUUAUUGUUGCGGCAUCUUCACGAAACGAGCGGCUCGAUCAUCAACAUUUUAUUCUUCCUUAAGCGCAGGUACGCUUUCGCCAAUAAGAGCCUCAAAAAAAGCAUACAUAAGUCCGUAUUACUUGAUUAGUAUCUCAUGGAAAUCAUACUUUUGCUUGACUAUUAUGAUUGGAUUGUAUUGUGCUUCAGACCUCAAGUACAUAGAUAUCUUGUAGGCAUUGGCAAUAAGUUAUAGUCCAAUUACUCUAUUCUGUGUAGGCUAUCAAGUAGGCACUUUCGAAACCGAGUUUCAAGAGAGCUUGUGUUCGCAACACCACAUUUUGAGUGUUCUCAACAACUUGUUUGAGUGACCGAGCGUAUGACGCGCAUGUCAACAACCAUCGCGGUACCGGCUGCACUUGUCUCUGUGAGUUGUUUGUGGCCCAUGCAUGGCUUUGGCACAGAGCUCGACCCUCGACGGCCUUUAGUGCAGCGUUAGCAAAACAUUCCUCACUUUCCAUUCUUAUAGAAAAGGUCAAUUGUUAAAUUUGCGCAAACAAUAUUCACUUUUCUACCAUCAACAAAUACAGUGAAGGAUGUCUGCUGCAGCGCUUUUUUUUUUAUUGCACGAAGCUAAAGCGGUGGCACUUUUAGCAUGAUAAUUAGGGUGACCGUUGCACAUUCGCAGUUUCCCUUGUGUCAACAGCUCGGUGGCGUUGUUACGCAUCAAAAGAAAAGCUGCAGUGAAUCCGUUGCUCGAUCUUGCCAUAUAAGUUCUCGUGUUUCCACUACUAACAAAACAUAAAAUGAAGCAAGGUGACCAACUUUCCCUUGUAUACAAUAUAGUGGCGGCAGCUUCGUUUUUCCAGCAUUCACAUUGCAUGAUCGACUUAAAGCGUUUUAUUAACAAGUUGCCUUACUCGAAAUUAAUACUGCCGGCAGCUGCGCGAUGUAGCUUCUAACUAUUCGCGAGCCUUUGAUAAAACAACACCGUUUUAGAUAGUUGCCUCAAAAAAAUAUUGCAAUCCCUUGUUCAAGCGCUCUUCGUCAGAGAUGCACCAACAAGCCGAAAUAUCUGCUACAUAAGCAAGGUAUAAUGUUCGUGCAUAACUAAACGUGGGCAUCACUAAACAACAUUCCUAAAGUCAUUCCCGAAAACACAUAAACGUGGACGUUAGUUAUUUGAACCAGUUUUCCUAGGGUGAAAGCAUCGGAAAUCACCUUCGUUGUCGAGACUGCUCUGAUAUCAUUGGUACAGAGUAGAAUUAUGUUUAGCACCUUGCUCAAGGUGGAAUAAUUUCGAUUGACAUUAUUAACCAUAAAGUCAUUAAGCAUCAUUUGAGCAAAUUAGCUGCCGAAAAUGCUCCAAGAAACGUAUGUUGUCUCAGUGUUCUCCGACGUUAGUUAAUAUCCGGGAAGCGCCAAAGCCGUCUCUAUUGAUAACAUGAGGCCACGUAGAAUGGAUGCUUAGCGCACACGACAGGCAUUUUGUUGUGUAUCUGCUGAUUUCUUCGAGUCAUAUGUGCCAUCUUGAGCGGUAGCCAUGUACUGUGAAGGCCAGUAUCGAAGUGAGAUUUAUUAAUGGGAUGUGCGAAUACUUUCACAUUGAAGAUGGCAUUCCAAGUGUCUGAUACUAAUAACCUUGGAGAUAGAGUUGUGUAAAUUAAAAAAAACAAAUGUUUUAUUUCUGUGUUUAUUGGCGUGGAUCAGCGCUUGUUGCAACUCCUACCACUGCUCCGAACAGCAGACAGUUGUGCAGUGUUGCUGUUUAAUUUUUGUUGUGUAGUCCUUAUUCACAUACACGAAUAACUACGACAGUGACAAUGUGUGAUGGUGCUUAGUGAACAAACUCAAUUCAGCGUUCAAGCCCUGAUGGACCGCAAGGUGUGUGAGCACAAUCAUCAACAAGUUUGAGCAGUGGCUGCCUUUCAGUGUCAGCAUGCAUCGAGAAGAAAUUCAGUACUUUACAUCUGCGCCAGCAGAAGAUGAGUGGACACCAGGGUAAGGCAUACAAUCUGAAGAACUUCGCAAAUAUCUGCCAUGUAAUGAAGGGAGCGUGCUGGCUAUUCUAUUUUCUCCUGGGAUUACCAUGUUCCAGCUAGUGCGAGAUAAAGCUGGUUCAGCCAGCUAUCAUUCCGUGGAUCUGUGUCUCUCUGCAGUGUCUCUGCAGUGCAGUGUUUCCCACCGUCUCUCUGCAUCGGUGGCAAAUGCGACUCUCGCACCGGGCUCUUCAAUUCAUGAACGCUCAAAGUGAACGGGUCUUCGGUAAUUGUGAAAGAAUCGCUAUUUUUUGUGUAUGCAUAUAGUAUUUAGCCCGCCUAUGACAAGUACCACCUACUAAAAAAGUGUAUAUAUGCUAUCUGAUAAAUGCGUCUUGCGUGGAUUGUUGAUGUUCUCUAUUCAUUACAUGUUCUAUUGCACCAUCAAAAGAAACCUAUA